AUGGAGAACCACUCCAAGACCCCACGACUCCUAGCAUCCACUGGCGAUACCUACAGCUGUACAAUAGCAGAAUCCGGGAUGCGGGAGCGCGAUCUGAGAAUUGGCACUCCGGAGCUCGACACUACGGGAACAAGCCUUGAUGAUGAAAUAGACUCAGAGGCCAAUUACUUCAAGAGUGCCCAAUGGACACCAGACGGAACCACUCUCUUAACAUCCAGCGCCGACAACACAAUCCGAACAUUCAUCCUCCCACCAACCCUCCUCGAAUCAUCCUCCCCACAGACACUCACGCCCUAUACAACGCACACCCUCCCUACACCGAUCAAUUGCCUCACACCAUACCCCUACUUCACUCUCUCUGACCCCUCCACAACUCUCUAUCUUUCCACCCCCUCUGCUCUUCCCAUCCGUCUCCUCAACGCCUUGAAUCCUCUCUCAACCCCCGCCGCAACAUACAACCUCAUCUCGCCCACAACAGAAGCCUACUACACACCCUCCUCGCUCCUCUGGUCCUCGCAGAACCACUUCCUAGCCGGCACUGACUGUCUAAUUGCCUUAUUCGACGUCUCCCGCUCGGGUGAAGGACCUGUCACACGCCUACCUACUAUCCCAUCUAAGCGGCACAAGAUGAAAGGCGGCGGCGUAGGUAUGCGCGGUAUCGUUUCUGCGAUGUCACAGCAGCCGAGCCCGGAGAAUGCUGACGUGGGGAUGCUGGCUGCUGGAACCUGGACGAGGUGGGUAGGGCUGUAUGAUUUGGGGGGAUUGGGAGGUACGGUUGCAACGUGGAGUGUUGCUGAAGCUGCGGAUAUUGAUGUGGGGAUUGGAGGGACAGGUAUAACGGACAUAAAGUGGAGUGCUUGCGGGAGGUAUCUGUUCGUGGUGGAGAGGAAAAGCAAGGGUGUGUUGGUGUACGAUGUUAGGGUUACGGGGAAGCUAGUCAGUUGGUUGGUAGGCAGAGAUGCAGGUACUAACCAGAGGAUUGGCGUGGACUUAUUUCCGAGCGAUAGUGGGACAGAAGUAUGGGCUGGAGGUGUGGAUGGUGUUGUGCGAGUUUGGGAAGGAGUCGGAAUGACAGAAGGACCGUUGGAGAGGAGUUGGGAAUUCAAGGCUCAUGAUGAUCCUGUAACAUCAACAGCUGUUCAUUCAUCUGGGACGGUAGUGGCAACCUGUUCAGGUCAGAGGUCAUCUCCAGGUCUCAGCAUUAGCGAAGAAGUCGAAGAAAAUGAUGGCAGCUCCGAUGACGAUUCAGACGAUCACGGAUCAAGUUCGGUCCAUUCGUCCCCCAGAGACCUUCACACACCAGACAAUAGCAUCAAAGUAUGGAGUUUGUGA